CUGAACCGUGACAGUUGCUGUUUAGCCUUUUACAAACCCCCAAACUUUUCUAUAAAAAAAAAAUUUUAUCCAUGAAAGUUUUUCUGCUCUGCUCAGUAUAAAAUGUCAGAGAGCGAAGAAUUGUUGUUCUUCGACACGUUUGCUCAUGGUACAACAGAGGAAUUGAAUUUGGAUUUGGUACAAUUUCCCAAGCCCGUGUACAUAAACCAAGUGCGAGUCAUACCUUUAGGCGCCAAAGUGCAAGCCGAUUUUCCUGGAGGAGUGCGUUUGGGAGCCACGAAUCCAUCCCAGUUCAAGCUUGAACUAUUUGUGAAUGAUUUGAGCAAACCUGGGGCAUCUGCAUUUGAAACACUUGGGGUCCUGGAUUACAACCAGAAUUCUAAUAUUCAUUAUGAUUCUGACAAAAAAGUACCAACAGAUGGGUUAGUUUUGAGAGGCUGGUAUACAACUGUGACACUUGCUGUUUAUGGGGUUAUUACACGGGCCCCCAUAAUCAGCAUACCUCCACCCCCUCCAGCUGCCCCUAUCAAGCCUGCAAGCCCAGUUCCAGAUGAAUCAAUCCAACCACCAGUUCCAGAGUUAGCAUCAGUGUUAACCAGUCAAAUACCAGAAGAAAAAUUAUGGACUUCUACACCUCCAUUUGAAGAAAAACCUGACCUUCUCAAGUGUGAAAAUGCUUUUGUGUCAACAGCACCGGUGGUCGAAUUUGAAGUAAAGCACGAGGAUGAGCCGGAGAAAGAACUUAAAGUGAAGGUCGAAGAAAAAAUAGUCGAGAAGGUGCGGGAGAAAAGCAGACGUAGUGAUGAGUUCAUACGGACGCGAGAUUCAAGUGAAUUCCGUGAAAGAGACUGGGAAUGUGAUCGAGCCAGCAAAGUAGAUGGCGAGCGAAGCAAUCGAAGUGACCAUCGAGGCCGACAUGACGUUGACCGAUCCAAAAAUGAUCCGGAUCGAAUACGGUCUGAUCCCGACAGGCACAGGGGUGAAUCUGACCGUAAUAGAACAGACUCCGACCGUGAGAAGACCAAAAUGGAGCUGGAUCGAAAACGAGGUGAAUCCGAUCGAACUAAGAGUGAUCGGAGUGAUUCAGAUCGAACUAGAAGUGAUCUUGAACGAACUAGAAGUGAUCCUGAAAGAACAAAGAGUGAAUUUGAUAGAGCCAAAGGUGAUGUUAGUAGAAACAGGAUCGAUUUAGAACGGGCAAGAGUUGAUAAAAACGACGCUGACCGACUCAGAAGUGAUUCCGACCGAGUUAAGUGUGACCCAGAUCGAAUAAAGGGCGAUUCAGAUCGGGCCAGAACUGACGAACGAGCUAGAAGCGACCGAGACCGUGAAAGACGUGGUGAUAGGAGCGAUCGUAAAGAACGAUCGAAGGAACGCGAAAGAAGCAGUGGCGGGAGCGAGCGUGAUCGAUCGCGUGAAAGGUCCCGUGAUCGUCAUCGCGAAAAAGAUAGAGCAAAAGAACGAGGAUCACGUGAAAGCUCUAGACGGCCUCGUACACCCGCAGAAGACAAGAAACCAGUUGAAAUCGUUGUUGUCCCACCAGCACCGGUAUCCGUACCGGUUGAAGUUCCGCCGCCACCUCCUCCUCCACCACCACCUCCGCCUCUUACUCCCGUUAAACGAGAAGAGACCCCUAUUGAAUGUUUUUCACCUGGUGUAGAAAUGGAAGCCAUAUCAGACGAUGAAAUGCCGGAUGUAGAUAACUUAAUCCGCGUUGAUGAAAACGUUGAAGAGGAAGUAAACGAAAUUGAAGCACCUGAAUCCGCGUUGCAAAACGUAGAACCAACCGUAGGAAAUGAUGUUGUCAAUUCGACUGAUUUGGCAGUUGAAGCACCUGCGGAAAGUGUCAACGAACCCGAAGAGCUGGAAGAGCUAGAAGAAAUUCUUAGCGACGAAGACCUCAUGUUUGAAGACUAUAACACUGACAUAGCAGAUUUGGAUAUAAAUGAAUUUGGCGAUCUUUUCGAAAUAGGAAAACCAUUUAAUCCUUACAACAUCGAGCUUCAACCACUUCAAAUUUUAUCAGAUCCUUCGAACACCAUAUUACAGCGAAUAAGCAAAGGUCUCUCGGAGUCUCGAAUACCUUGCAGUGAACUGGAAGACGCAGCAUUGAGACUUCAGACAUUAUUAGAGCUUACUUCACGCGGAGAAAAAUGGAUCGAAAGUAUGAAUCACUUGGUGUCUAUUUUGCCCAAUGCUCUGGCGUUCUUACAUUCACAAGCGGAUGUGCUUAAAUCGGUUCAGGAUAAAGUAGUCGAGUGGCUACUUCACGGUCUGGAUUUCGAUAGUGCUCGUGAGCAACUUGGGCCAUCGACACACACAGUCCGUCACAUCAAGUGCGGACUGAAGCUGUCCCAGGUAGUGGCGCAGUGCUCGCAGUCACUUGUAGAACGUUCGGUAGAUCGCGGCGUCCUGACGAAAAUUGCAAGCCUUUACCGUGCACCUCAUAUGGCCCAGUCGUUAAAGCUAAUGUGCCUACGGAGUCUUGACGCCUUACUUUUCUGGCCGUAUGUUAUGGAGCAUUGGAGAGGAAAACCUGUACUGGAAUGCGCGAAUGGAUACCAGUAUUUGAUCCAACUUGUAGAGGAGACCCAGCCCUCGCGAGCUCAAGUGACAGUGUCUGCCCUCAUUCGAAAGAUUCAUACCUACGAAGCCUUGCAGCGGAUUCAUAACGUUGGGCAAAUUCUGGUUCGCUUACCUCCAAGCGGCUUUAGGCGAAAGGACAUCCGUCGCCCGUCAGGCAUGAGCAUGGAAAGCCAGGAUUCAAACUCUCAAGACAGUUUUUCUACAACGACUUCGUGUCCACCUCUUGUUGCGGAGAACCCCCUAGAGCCCCACCUAACACAAUUACUCUCUAGUUUGGAUCAAGUCCGUAAAGUCUAUCUUAACCCGUUGUUAACUGUUGGUCAUCUAGUUCGUUUUCUGCCCGUCUAUCGACAAUACGAGAUCUCCAAUCCGGGCUCCGAUCCACUUCAGGGCAUCUACAGUUUCAUGCGCCACCACAGAUUUUUGAGCGUUUUAUUACUUCUGUCAACUCAUCCGUUGUCAGGAAGUGAUCACGUCAUCGUGGACAUAGUGUUGAACUUGUUGGAGGAUUUGGGGAAAACGCAUCAUGGGCUUUGUUUCCUUUCUAGUGAACCAGACGUAACAACCUUGAUCCUUCGGGCUCUAAUGCACACAUCUGUUAGUCACGGACAUGCGUCAAUUGGCUUGGCGAGUGAACCAUCCGAGGGUCGUCACGACGAGUACGCCAAUAUGGAAGAACUGAACGUCACUAGUCAUCAUGCAUCGAUGACUCCACAUCGGCUAGGGGUUCAGCUAGCUCAUUCACUACACAUUAUCCAGUGUCUGGAUGUCCUGAAACAUCACGUGAUCAAUAACAACAAAGACAGCCCGGCCGCCAUCGAAUGCAUCCAAUCGCUCUACAGUCUCGUUUUCAGCGUUUCAGGCCGCUUGGCUCUAAUCCAUGUACUUGCAAUGGAUAGUAACAUCGAUGUUUUGCUUAACAUUCUCACAAAUGAAGAGGACGCGGAUGUCGAAACAAAAAUGAAAGAAUCGGCUGUCCGCGGAUAUGCGGCUGAGUUAAUUGCGCUUGCCGUAAGAUCAACAGAGAAUGCAAUAUUUUAUGCCAAAUACGCUGUGGCGCUCAACGGACUGGUGGCUUCCAAUCAAGAUGAUAGCAAUAAGUUAGCCCAUCUGGCUCGCUGGGUUGAAAUCCUGAAUCGACCGCAAGUUUUCACACUUGAUAGUGGUUUGCCAAUUCUUUGUGAAAUAGUCAAGCAGCAUGCCGACGACGUGUCGAGCUUUCCACCCGAACUUAUUGUAGCCCUUCGUCUGCUUUGUCCACUUGCCAUACCCAACCAACAGGGAGAAAGCGGCACCGAAGAAUACGUCGAACUCAAGUAUGCGUACGCUGUAGUACAGCUCUUCAGUCACGAUAUGCUGAGCGUGUUAGUAAGCAUGCUACUGAGGCUUUGUCAAGCCUAUGAGCAGCCGGCUGUUCAUGGGGCCGUUUUGGCCGGACCACAAGGCUUUCUUCUGCUAUCCCUUGUUUAUCCGUCACUUAAGUUGAUCCGCCGUCUCCUCUGUCAGCUUAUCCGCUGCCGUGACUCAGAAUUUCGUGACCUGACAGCAGUUUCGGUCUUAUUACAGACUUACGCCACGGUCAGUGCUGUUCCGGCUUCAUCCUUGCUCCAUUACAAAGUUGCAGAAUGCUGUUCCGACAUUAUCGGCACUCUGUUGGCGUAUACUCAGCCUUUGUUGCAAACUGGGGAUGGCAACAGCGUGAAAAAUAAUAGUACUAAUAGUGUCAUGAAAACAUCUACCACCCCGGAAGAUGCCAUAGCGCGAAGUUUGUGGACGCAGAUGGUUCAGGAGAUUUUAAAGUAUGUUCAUUCUUGUUCCGGACCGGCUGCAUUUAUCACGGGAUUGCAAGUGCUCAACGAAAUUCUCCCACUGCCAUUGCCUCUGUUUAAACGAGUCGGAGGGGAAACACAGUUUUCGGACGAUCAUAUUCAAGAGAUACUCAAUGCUCGCAAACUUUGGAGUGUCCACCUGCACACCCUCGGGCCACAAAUCCAGCAAGUUGUUCGGCUAUUGUGUUGUUCUGGCCCUCAACUUUUGCAGUUGUUGCGGAAAGUGUGUGUCCAGAUUGCUGAUCUCUCAGCCAGCACAGCCCUUGUUAUAGGUAGAGCCGCCUUGGAUGCUGUACUUUCCAGUUGUCUGAUUCAAGAUCCUAGUCCACCAGCUAACGCCAAAAGCGAAGAAAAUGAAAAAGAUGUCGUCGUAGCUUCCCUUCCGGUCACACUGGUUUGCACAGCCCACUCGGCCCGAGUGUUGAAUUUUCUCGCUGCUAUUGUGACACACCCACCCAUCAAAGCUGCGGUGCUUCAGCUUUGUCGCGGGUUACAGAAAUCUGACGAGAAAUAUAGCGACUUUCUCCAAUGCUUGUGCCUGAUCCUCAACUCGGUUUCAAGAACAUCGGCUCACAUCCAAUCACAGGAAUGCGUCGUCUCCAUCUGCCAGGCAUUACUCGACGCCGAUAUUUGCCUUUUGUCGCCUGACAAAGUCGAAUAUGAGUCAUACCUAUCCGCCGCUCUUCCGUCCCGUGAACCUAUGUUAAUCAUUAUUUCUGGUUUAUGGGAUCAUCUCGCCAACUCCGAACACAACUAUUCGUCACUGCUGCCCACGCUUCGGACGCUAACAUUGCUAACAGAGCACAAUUACACGUUCCAGUACCUGCAUAAAGUCUUGGAGCGAAAGCGGCAUGCUCUUUGGGCUUUUUUCGAGAAAAUGGCCAACAGUUUCAACAAGGAUAGUUCAGAUAGUGUGUCCACUUUGUCAACUGCAUUAGAACUUCUCAGGACGCUCGUUAAGACUCCGGCGGCAUCAGGCCUCGGUCGGCGCAAUGUUACCGUGCCAAUUGUUACGCUUUCCGAAGCUCUCCAGUGGCAAAGUGAUCCUCUACCGGUCGAAGAAAAUGUUCUUGAAGAGCCUAAAAAGCAUCCACUACUUGCUCUUGAAGAUUUCCUGCGAGAGCAUUGUACAGAGGAAGAAUCUAUGGAAAGCUUGCGAGAAAGCCUUUCAGCUUUAGUAAGAAUCCUUCAGACUUCAGACUCGGAUUCAACCAUCCCAAAAGAUACCCCAGCGGAGAUUAUUAUCCCGCUUCCAGAGACGCUUAAUCUACAAUUUGCGCACCGUCCGUUGCUUAGUGAUUCACCAACUGAUGAGGAUCGUCUUUCUUCUUCGUACUGGUUAUCAAACCAUCAGCACUGGGUAGAUGAACCUGCUGAUUCCGACACUGAUUACGUCCGUUGUGAUCUUCUGGAGACUGCACAGAGCUGCUUGGGUGCCGACGUGGAUUUAAUGGCUUUGACGGAACGUCUUUGCAAGAGCCACACCGAACCUAUGGAGAUUGGUGGACGUGCGACCACAGUAAUUACAAUUAAAGGUCGAAUCGAUGCUAGAUCUACUGAUGCGCCACCGGGACGACCCAUUCUUUCGACAGCUCGUGAUAAAUCAAGUAAACCCUAUGUGGCCCCAAUGCGAGGUAGAGGAUUUGGAAGACCUGGUGUCAAUGGGCGAAACGACCCAUUUCGUUCUCGUGCACCUAAUACGUCACGUCCACCAUCGCUCCAUGUGGACGAUUUUGUUGCCAUGGAAAAGAAUGGUGUUGGCGGACCGUCAUCGUCAUCCGGGGUUUGCAAUAGCUUGUACGGCACGAAAGUCACAAGAGGUGGAGGAGGAAGGGGAAGUGGUAAUCGAGGCCGAGGUUUCCCCGGUGAGCGUGGUCGCUUUAACUUCCAGCAACCGCGACGUGAAGGCGUCAGGUCUCGUCCCGGUGGUACCAGUUCGACAUCGUCUGCUUCAGUUAAGUGGGAUGAUCCGUAUCUGCAUUCAUCAGUGACAGAAGUGCGCUCUGCUACUCGUUUUCAGUCUACUAAUCGUGUCUGGACCAACACCGCUAGCAAGGAGCGGUACAGUUCGCCGUCAAACACGGCCCCACCAGCUGGACGCACGCGACACACGCGCACGUUUUCACGCUAACAUGGAAUCCCAAAGGACUUCGAAAUGGAGUGGGUGUAGCGGAUAAGUGUUUCUGUGACCAAAAUGAACGCGAAUAAAAUGUAAUGAGUAACAAUAAAAAAAGAAAAUUUUAA